AUGGCCGCACAAGAAGAAAACGACGUGAUCUCAGCCUUGACUGGGUUCUCCAUUAACCAUGUCCUUGGCGACCUCUCUCUACCUGGCGGUAAUGCUCUGUCGAACAGACUAGGCAUUUCCGGACUCCCUUCGCUGAACCAGGAUCAAAUCUACAACGACAAGUGGGACGAUGACGCCGUCGGCCCUGAACAAGGUCAAGACUGGGAGGACGAGAUUGAUCGAGAGAUGCAGGAGGAAGGCGAAUCAGACGGUCCACCCGUCAAGCAAGAGGCUCGUUCCCCAGAUGCUUUGAAGAGGAAGGAGAAGAAGACACGAAUCGUCAAACGACUGGUGGAGCGCCCCAAGAGCGUGUACGAACGGUUCCCUGCAUUCGAAAAGGACAAAAUACUAGACUUCAGCGAGCUGUUCAAGGGUUAUGCUGUUGCUCACAUAACUCCAGUGGAAACCGUGUAUCCUCGCAAGAGAGAGAAUCCCAAGGGUUUCUUGGACGCUGUUGUUGGGGAUGCGAGGAGACAAGUGGAGAGCAAACGGGUGGAAGAGGAAGUGGCCUCAGGAAAUGUCGAAGCAGAUCUAAGGAAGGCACUGGAGGAGCGCGACCAAACGAAUGUCCCGGUAACCUUGCCCUUAGACGACCGCACUUUCGAUCUCGUGCUGUUAUCAAACUGGGAAGACCAAAUAGUCUACGAACCAGACCCCAAUCCACCGGCUUCCUUGCCACCUUUAGCUGCACCAGAAGGCAAUCUGACGACUCCGAUCAACAAGGCACUUGAAUCUGGUGCAUGGACUCAAAGUAUAAUUUGGAGCCCAAAGUCUGUAUUCCGUGAUUUCACUCAGCUCGAGUUCAAUCAUGAAGACGACAUUGUCCCUGAAGAGAGACAAGUGGAGACGGCCCGCCCUCGGAAGCGUCUCAGAACGGACGCAGCUGUCAAAGAUAAAUUCAAUCUCUCCAACGAUCACUUCUACGAAGUCGCCAAAGACGGAGGGAAGCGCGUCCGUCAAACAUUUGGGCAGCUCGUCGUCGAACAUGCGUACCCAGCGCAGAAAUUGCAACUACCAUUUUACAAGACACGGCUGUCAAAGCAAGAAGCUCGAUCUUUUCAUCGACCUGCUUUACAGUUCCCAGCCAACGUCGAGUUACGGUUUGGUAAAGUCCGGACAGCCAAGAAAAAGAAGGAUAAAGCAGGCCGAAAGCUUGGGAGAGGAGGCAACGUGGGCGAAAGUCUGCACAAGACAAGUGAUCUCAGUCUUCGCGACACGUCUAACUUUGUCCUCUGGGAGUAUUCCGUGAGCCUCACUCUCAGUACCGCUGAUUUCCAAAUAUUCACUGAUAAGCAGGAAGAACAUCCUCCUAUCAUUCCUAAUUUUGGUAUGGGGAGUGUUUUGGUCAACUAUUAUCGUAAAAAGGACGAGAAAGAUGAGCAUGGCGACCUUGGAUUUCCUUUCGUUCUGGAGCCUCAGGACGAAUCACCGUUCAUGAAAUUUGGCUAUGUGUACCCUGGACAGACAAUCCCAGCACUGUAUAAUAACCUUAUAAGAGCACCUCUUUUCCGCCAUAAACCUAAACCCACAGACUUCCUGGUUGUCAGGAGUACCAUCAAAGGAGAGACGAAAUACUUCCUCCGCGAAAUCAAGAAUAUCUUUGUCAUUGGCCAAACCUAUCCUGUAACAGAAGUCCCAGGACCUCACUCUCGAAAGAUUACGAACACCAUCAAAUUCCGACUUCAAAUAAUCGCAUUCAAGCUGCUGAGGAAAAGCCUGGAGGAACGCCUGAAGAUAUCUCGGCUGAUGAAAUAUUUCCCGGACCAGAACGAGCUGCAAAUGAGGCAAAGACUGAAAGAAUUCAUGGAGUACCACCGCCGUGGGCCUCAUCAAGGAUUCUGGAGACUAAAGCCAAAUUGGGUCAUUCCUUCAGAUGCUGAAAUGCUGAAGAUGGUCGGUCCUGAGCAGGUCGUGCUGACGGAGAGCAUGCAGGUUGGACAGCGACAUCUGCAAGACGCCGGUUAUAGUCAGGCUGCGGAUAACGCUGAGGGAGACGAAGCCCAUCUGUCGAUUGAGCAGCAACUAGCACCUUGGAUCACGACAAAGAACUUUUUGUUCGCCACCCAGGCAAAGGCCAUGCUUCGUCUUCACGGUGAAGGAGAUCCAUCUGGCCGUGGAGAGGCUUUCAGUUUUAUUAGAAUAUCGAUGAAGGAUAUUUUCGUGAAGGCUGGUGAGGACUAUGAGCAGAAAAUGGCUGAGGCUGAGAAUAGGCCAAAAUCGGCCCAUAGGUAUAAUGUCGCAGAGCAGCAGCUCAUCUACAAAUCGGAAAUCGAGCGCAUUUGGAAGGCCCAGUUCGACGCUCUCAGCCGGAAGGACGAACCAGCCCUGUCAGAUGACGAAGAUAAGAAGGAUAAUGUCAAGAAGCCCCAGCCCGCAAUUCCCGUUGCUGGGUCCUCGUCUCGCCCGUCUCCGGCAUUCAGUCGGGCGUCCUCGUUGGAACGCGACCGGGAGGGUAGUAUGGGACCUGAUGGGAGCAGGAGUGUUUUGCGGAUCAAACGACUUAUCGAAGGCGUAUGGCGAACAGAAAUAAUCCGAGACCCGGCCGUUAUCAGGGCGUACGUGCGAGGCCGCCAGGCCCUCGAGGAAGAAGCUACUCUUGCCGACUCGCUGGCUCCCACCGGCGACGCCGACAAAGAUAAACGGGCGAAGAAGAGGCUGGAAGAGGAGAUCGCUCGUAUGAAGAAGAACCAGGAGAGGCGGCUGCACAGGAAGAACGCUAAGAUUGUCAAGGAGGGUGGCACGCCCAUGCAGCUUAAUCGACCGGUCAAACCGGAUACCACGAGACGAUGCGGGCACUGCGGACAGAUGGGCCAUAUGAAGACCAAUCGCAAGUGUCCUCGAUGGGCGGAGUUCAACAGUGGCUCAGCGCCUCUCCCGCUGACACCGGCAGGCUCACAUCCGAGCCCACAAGUGCCUUCUACGAAUCUGCCGAACCUUGGCUUCAACCGAGGUCCAGGUGGCAGCACUGCAUUCGGACACCCCGCAGCAGUUCCUUCGCCUUUAGCGACGAGUCCUCCCAUGUCUGCCAUGGAUGAUGAUAUCAUACCUUCUACUCCGUCGGGUUCGGCGCCCAAAAUUAAAUUGAUGCUGAAACGGACAUGA